GUUGCUGUCGAGACGGCGGUGCGAUCAGUCGUUGUUUGGUCGCGAAACAUUGAAAGGAAUUGCGCGCGAGUGCAGACGGGAUUCGUCGUGGUGUUUCGCGGCGAUGAUCAUUUUGUGAUUGACGUUAUACGUUACGGUAUCCAGCGGAAAAUCGAGCCGUCGAGGGGUUAAGUGUCGCGGUGACAGCACGUACGGGUAGAGGGAAACGAAUUCCGGGCGUGACACAUCCUGCGGUCAAGUGUGAUCGCCGCGCGCGAUGUACAGGACUAGUUCAACGGUCGCGAAUCGUCGUCGGACUUUGACAGGUGCGGUCGCGAUGAUGUACGACGGCGGUGUACUUCGGCCCCUGUUGUUACUACUGUUGACCUUGUCCAGCCUAGCGAGUCCGGUCGCCAGUGAUGAAAAUAGUCAUUGUAUAUGGUAUGGAGAAUGUUAUAUGGAUGCAGCUAUGCACAAAAAAUAUUGUGUUUAUGAUGGGCCAGCGAAACCAUUGAGUUCCAAGGGACAGGAAUUAUUGGCUAAAAAUUGUCCACAUUUGUUGGUGGAUAAUGGCAAAGGAAUUAAUACCUGCUGCGACAUGAACCAACUUAUUACGAUGGAUGCAAAUCUCAAGCUUGCAUCCAAUUUUUUAAAAAGAUGUCCUAGUUGCUUAAAUAAUUUAGCAAAGCACUUUUGCGAUUAUACAUGCGCCGCUAACCAAAACAAAUUUAUCAAUGUUACGAAGACAGGCGAGGCGAAUGGUGUACAAUACGUUGAUGGAAUAGAUUUAUACAUAACGAAUAAGUAUCUUGAAGGAACGUUUAACUCGUGCAAUAAGGUAUCAGUGCCGAGCACAGGCCAGUUAGCGCUGGAUAUAAUGUGCGGAGAAUGGGGUGCAAGUAGAUGCACUGCUUUAAAAUGGUUCCACUUUAUGGGUGAUGCGGAGAAUAACAUCUAUGUACCUUUCCAAAUCACAUAUAAAAAUACUGAUGGACCUAUUGAUUUGUUUACACCAGUAGAUCCUGUAAUAACGCCAUGCAGUAAGGCGCUGAACAAAAACACUCCAGCUUGCAGUUGUGUUGAUUGUGAACAAAGUUGUCCAAUACCACCACCGGUGCCUCCACUUCCAAAACUGUUUUCAAUAUUUGGUUACGAUGGUUAUGAAGUUAUAAUGACAAUUAUUUUUGUAUGCGGCACCUGCCUUUUCCUUCUGUUAAUGAUGUGUUUCAGCCAUAGGAAGCGUAUAGUUGCACGAGGGGAGGAGGUAGGAAGACAGGUGGGUAGACGGCUAGCUGCCGGAUUACACCACCCAGGAGAUGGUGCUCGUAUUGCCCUUGCCGCUGACCAAGAAGACAGCCCACUUCAGUCUAAGCGUUCUAGUGUCAUAUCAACUGAUGAGAUACCAAGCGGAUUUGACCAGGAACAAUCUACUUUCAUUGAGAAGCUUGGAGCUGGAACAGACAAAUUUCUGCAAGAAUUCUUCUGCAAAUGGGGAACGUUUUGCGCCUCUCGGCCUUGGCUAAUACUUUUCCUUGGAUUUCUAUUGAUCGUUGCUUUAGGACAUGGCAUAAAAUAUAUGCAAGUUACUACAGAUCCUGUGGAACUGUGGGCAUCUCCGCAUUCCCGAUCACGUAUCGAAAGGGAAUAUUUCGAUAAACACUUUGAGCCAUUUUAUCGAAACGAACAGAUUAUUAUCACUUCCGUCGGUUUACCGAAUAUUGUGCACAACACGUCUAAUGGACCAAUCGUAUUCGGACCUGUGUUUAACGAUACUUUCUUAAAAACAGUCUUUGAAUUGCAAGAAGAAAUCAAGCGUAUAAUUACUUCUAACAAUUACACAUUAGCGGAUAUAUGUUUUGCUCCUUUAACUGGACCAUUUACCGGGCCGACGACGGUAUCGCAAUGUGCUAUUCAAAGUAUUUGGGGUUAUUGGCAAGACAGUUUAGAAAAAUUUGGGAGUUCAGAAGACGAAGGCAAUUAUACAGUCAACUAUUUGGACCAUUUCAGAGUUUGUUCUCAGAAUUCAUAUAAUCCUGAAUGUCUUGCGCUUUACGGUGGUCCUGUAGAUCCGGCAAUCGCAGUAGGUGGAUUUUUGCCUCCAGGACAUGAUCUUCAUAAUCCACCAUAUGAAAAGGCAACUGCUAUAAUCCUUACUAUUCUUGUAAACAAUUAUCACAAUAAAGCAAAAUUGGUUCCUGCUAUGGAAUGGGAAGAAAGUUUUAUUAACUUUAUGAAAAAUUGGACUGCAACGAGAAAGCCGGCAUUUAUGGACAUUGCGUACACGUCCGAGCGAUCUAUCGAGGAUGAACUGAAUCGUGAAUCACAAUCAGACAUUGUAACAAUUCUGAUAUCAUAUGUCAUCAUGUUUGGAUAUAUCGCGGUAUCACUCGGCCAAAUUAGAUCAUGCACUCGUCUCUUGCACGAUUCCAAAAUUACUCUUGGACUUGGAGGCGUGCUUAUAGUGCUGGCAUCCGUGAUUUGCUCGGUCGGACUGUUCGGCUUUAUUGGUAUACCAGCUACGCUGAUUAUCAUUGAAGUCAUUCCGUUCUUGGUACUGGCGGUCGGGGUAGACAAUAUUUUUAUUCUUGUUCAAACUCAUCAGAGAGAGGGCAGACGCCCGAACGAAUCAAUUCCGGAACAUAUUGGACGUACACUGGGUCAAGUCGGCCCUAGUAUGUUACUCACUAGUGUAUCAGAAAGCUGUUGCUUCUUCCUAGGCGGCCUCUCUGAUAUGCCUGCUGUAAAGGCGUUUGCUCUUUACGCUGGAAUGGCUUUAUUGGUGGACUUUAUAUUGCAAAUUACAUGUUUCGUCAGUCUCUUAGCGCUUGACACAAUUCGGCAUGCGAACAACAGACUGGAUGUAUGUUGCUUUAUUCGCUCCAAGCGUGAUGAUGGAGAAGAAGUGGUAGAUGGAAUAUUAUAUAAAAUUUUCAAAGUUGCAUACGUCCCGUUAUUAUUGCAAAAAUGGGUUCGUGCGGCCGUGAUGAUUGUGUUUUUCGGUUGGCUCUGCAGCAGUAUCGCUGUAAUACCACACAUCGAAAUUGGCCUAGAUCAAGAGCUCUCUAUGCCCGAAGACAGUUUUGUGCUCAAAUAUUUCAAAUUCUUGAAUAAUUACUUAUCCAUUGGACCACCAAUGUAUUUCGUUGUUAAAGAUGGCCUAAAUUAUUCGGAUACUAAAGUGCAAAAUCUAGUUUGCGGUGGGCAAUAUUGUAACAGCGAUUCAGUGUCAACUCAAAUAUUUACAGCGUCCAAACAACCGAAUAGAACUUAUAUAGCUAAACCUGCUUCGUCUUGGAUGGACGAUUAUAUCGAUUGGUCUGGAUUACCCGGUUGUUGCAAAUAUUUUCCUGCGAAUGAUUCAUUCUGUCCACAUAAUGGUCGUGGAAAUUGUCCUAGUUGCAACAUCACUUUGAACAAAUACAACAGGCCAGUGCCUAUGGAUUUCGACAAAUACGUAUCGUUCUUCCUGCAAGAUAAUCCUGACGAAACUUGCGCUAAAGGAGGUCAUGCAGCUUACGGGCACGGUGUAAAUUACAUGACCGAUCCUAACACAGGAAUGUCGACCGUUGGCGCUUCGUAUUUCAUGGCUUAUCACAGCAUCCUCAAGACUUCAGCUGAUUAUUAUGAAUCGAUGAGAGCAGCCAGAGUCGUAGCAGCUAACAUUACCGAUAUGCUCAACUGUAACAUGAAACGUUUCAGUGAAAACAUCACUGUGGAAGUUUUUCCGUAUAGUGUUUUCUACGUAUUUUACGAGCAGUACCUGACCAUGUGGCCUGACACAUUGCAAAGUAUAGGAAUCUCAUUGCUUGCUAUAUUUGUGGUUACUUUCUUGCUGAUGGGUUUGGACAUUUUCUCAUCACUAGUUGUUCUAAUUACGAUCACAAUGAUCGUCGUCAAUAUUGGUGGCUUAAUGUAUUGGUGGCAUAUAACUUUGAACGCAGUGUCUCUGGUGAAUCUUGUCAUGGCAGUUGGUAUAGCUGUUGAGUUUUGCAGUCAUCUAGUGCAUUCCUUCUCGGUGUCGGUCCAAGCAACUAGAGUGGACAGAGUCGCAGAUGCAUUGACGAAUAUGGGAAGCUCGGUAUUUAGCGGUAUCACAUUGACGAAGUUUGGUGGUAUUAUAGUCCUGGGCUUUGCAAAGAGUCAAAUUUUCCAGGUCUUUUACUUCAGAAUGUAUCUGGGUAUUGUACUAUUUGGAGCAGCGCAUGGUCUCAUCUUUUUGCCAGUAUUACUUAGUUAUAUAGGCUCACCCAUGAAUAGGGAGAAGUUGGCCAAUCACAAAAGAGCGAUGCAUGGGAACCUGGACAACGUGCAAGAGACAUCCCUGAAUCAUCGUGUAAGCAAACACAAUUCUCCUCCUACACCCACUACAAUCACACCUACGUUCAAAGUGCUCGAAUGCGAGAGAUAGGCGUGAUGUCGCGCCGGGGGCGUAGAAAAAAUCGCGACUUCACGAGCGAAAGUGAAGUUAGAUGUCACCAAUGUGACCAACCAGACUCUCCUCUACUCCAAAACGACAACCAUCAAUGCGCGACCACUUCCUACGCCAGUAUGAACCCCACUGAUGUGACUGAUCACCAUGUAACGUUCUAACAUUCAAAUCAAUCCUCGCCGAUUUAAUCGAAUAUAAUUUUUGUACUUAAGGGACAUAACAUAAAGAAAGUAAUUCACUUAGUGGAUUCACUAGGUAAAUGUCAAUAAUGUCCUUUAAUUUGACCCGACUUGCGAGCCGAGAAAGAGAGACAAAGAGUCGCACGAGCUCUUCUUUUCUCCGAAUUAUAGGAAAUUUAAUGCGAAUCAUCCUCAAUAAAAUUGUCCGUGAUUGGUGAAUAUGUCCAUCUACGUUCAUAUCUGGCAUUCUUAGCGACAAAGAAAUUUGUAUAAUUCUAGGUUUUUGUCAUUUUUAGCAUAUUUAUUUUUUUGGGCAAGGCUCUUUUUUAAUUUAAUAUAUUACAUUGUCACAGACUACAUUCUAAAUUUAAAAAGAAAUAUAUUGCAAUUGCGAACGAUCGGUCGUACGAUUGAUAUUAGGUAAAAUAAUUUAUCUACAAGAGAAUUUGUUUCCUUACUAUAUAUUUGUCGUUAAGUAAAUUUAGUGAGAAUAAUAAUAAUAAAUGUGACGGAUACAAAAUGCAUUUCCCUCUUUUUAAAGCGAAUGCAUUUCUCAAUUGUGAAGUGAAUCCUUUUUUCUCUGAUAUUGAUAUCCAAUUAUUACUUAUAUUUAAAAAAAGUUGCGUUAAAAUAUAUCGAUAGUUAAAAGAGUAUCGAAAUAUUGUUGAUCUCUCCGACAUGUAAAUUAUUUAAGAAAUUAAUUAUUAUAUAUAUAUAUGUAUAUAUAUAUAAAAGAAUAUUUCUUUUUCAACAAUACAGUCGAUUUUGUUUAUUUUUUAAAGUUAUCGGGAACGUUUCCUUUAUUCUCUUUCUCACUAUUCUCUCAGUUUUUUUAAUACACAGAAUAAAAAUAUCACUCUAUCUUUCAUAGUUUCUGAUUUUAUUACAUAUGGAGUAAAUGGGAGAUCAAAAGAAAAAUUCUAUUUUACAAAAACAGCUGAAUCGAAAAAUUUGGAAUAGAGGAACGCUAGAAAAGAGAACAUCGACUGUAAUGUAAAAAACAGUAUUGCACUUAUAUUAUAUUUUAAGAUUUCACGCAUGAAUACGCAUUUGGAACUCUUGUAACUAAAUAUAAUUGUUUUUACUUAUGCCGUCCAUAUCUGAGAUGUAAUAAAAAAAUGUGAUGUAUAUGAGACACAUAGAAUUGAUAAUGAUUAUCGAAAUUUAAUUAAACAAGUAAAAAUGAUAUCUAUAUCAGGAUUCAAGUUUUCGAGUUAUUCACGUUAACCCGUAAGAUCCAUGGUGUCGUAUACGGAAAUAUGGAAUCGUAUACGCGAUCUUAAGUCUAACCGUUCUGAAUAUUACUAGAUAUAUUGUUAUUCAUUUUUUUUUAUAUACGUUGCUUUAUACAUGCAUCUGAAAUUGCUUUAGACUUUUUAUACAAUUAACUUUGGAUGCAAAAAUAAUGUAGGAAUUCCGUUAAUGAAUGUUUGAUAAUAAGAAAUUGGAACUUGUUAUAAUAUCGAUUUAUUUUGGCAGGGUCAUAUGUAUCUCUGCCCAUGGUAUAAAUGUUACAAAUUUUCACCAUGAUUCUUAAAUAUCAAAUUUCCGUCGUGAAAUGUAUAAAAAAAAUAUCAGUAUUGUCGAUUAUAAAUAUGUGUAUGCUUCGUCUAUUUUUUAAGUAAACUUCGUCUAGAAGUUACGAAUUUGUAUUUUCCAUCUUAUAAUUAAUUAUCAAGGCCACACAACACACACACACACACAGAUAAAGUAAUGAUUUGUUUCCUUGUCGCUGGCUUACUAUGGAUCAACGAAGAGCAUUACAUCUGUGACAUUCAAAUAUUUAUUAUUAUUUUUUUUUUAUCACAUGGCUGUAGAGACCAUUUUUUAAAAGUUUAAAAAGGAUAGACCCUAGAAAAUAAAAGUGACCUAUACAUGUAUAUUGAUUUUUGAUGACUAAUUUUUAAGUCGCGAAAUAAAUUAUUACAAUUAUUAUUGGGAGCUGUGUGUUUCAAAUCGAGCACGAAUAUAUUACCGGUGUUAAGUUGAGAACUUCAAAUUAAAGUAAGCACAUGUAUUGUUCUCUAGCUUUAGUUUCUCUAGUUUUACCAUAAACGCGAUAGUUGAGUUAGAUACAAGUUAGACAAGAAUUACACGGGACAUAAAUUUGAAUCUCAUAUAAAAAUGACCCAUGAAGUAAUCUAGAGAAUAUCCUUAUACACAUACACUAACAUGUACUAUACAUGCACGUUUUACAACAGAUUAAAAGCACUGUAAAAAUCAAUUAUCUUAUGUUUAUGUAUUGGAUAUUAUUCACAUAUUUUACGUUCAAAUUACACAUGCCAGAAUGUGACUUUGCGAUCCUUAGUAAGCGAAAAACUUCGAAAGAGGACGGAGCCUUCUUCUUUGUCAAGCUCUAAUAAUUAAUCAGUUCAAGAUAUACUCGUCAUAUUAGAUUCAAAUAGUUAAAAUCGAGUCACAAGAGACAACAAAUUUCAUUACAUUUUUUUUUUUUGAAUGGAAAGUUUCGCAAUCUCGCGCGUAGAAUUCAAAGAAUUCAAAUACAUGUAUCUGCUAUAUGAUAAUCAAAAUCUUUUAUUAUUGGUUGAUCAUUAUUUGCGCGUGAAUUUCUUACCAUCUGGCCGAAAAUAUUUAGAUAAGUUCACUUGGUCGAGAAUGGGAUAGCUUAUAUUAUAUUUAAUUACUAGAUUCUCUUAGUGUGGUAGAUUCAUCAACUUUAUUUACUCGUGCGCUUUGUCGAUGUGAGAGUUCUCUGUGAAAAGUACGACGCUUUAGCUGUAUGUACGUGUGUAACAAUAACAAAUUUAGAAUUGUCUUUAAUCCUUUGUUCUCGUGUACGAUACAUAGAAACUAAUACGCGAAUUAAUUUCUAAUACAUCAAUGCGCUUUUUCACGCGCUUGAUGUUUAUUUCCCAAUUUAGGAGAAUUUCUUCGUCAAUGGAUUUGAAUAUAAACGUGUUUUCUCUAUGGGGAGUAUAACUUUUUUAUACAAUAGUCAAAAGCGAUAUGCAGUGAUAACAAAAAAGGAGAAACUCCGCUAGAUGAAGUUGUUAAUAUUCGUCGAGUUGUUAUUCCGCGAUGUACUUGUGUGCAGAUGAAUAUUUAGAGACGAAGAGAAAUGACUGCGUUAAAAUGUUAUAAACUGUGUAAAAAGUAUAUUGUGUAAAAUGUAUAAGUUCCUGUGUAUAUGUAUAUAUAUAUGUAUAUAUAUAUACAUAUAUAUAUAACAGCUGGCGGAAAUGUGUGUAUGUGUGUGCACGUAUGAAGUACGCGAUACCUUCUGUUAAAUUUAAUAACACGUAUUAUACUGGUCUAUUUGAAGAAUAAUAAUAGUGAUUGAUCUUCAACGAUUUAUACUGCACCGUGUAUAUGGCGAAUUGCAUAUCAAUAGAAGCUUCGGAUAUAAAUAUGAAGUGAAAUGAAAAAGUGUAAGCAUGAAAUUAUAAGUCAGUGUAAUAACGGAUAAAUGAAAACAAAAAAAAAAAGAGAG